UGUCGUUCAAGCAAAAGUGCUGUAUAAGUCGUGAGUCUCUGGUACCUCGUGACGUAAUGCGCACAGGCCACGGUGUGCAGCAUCUUCCGUGGCUUGCAUGCUCAAAGGACGAACAAAUCUUUCCUUCGCAUAUGCGUCCCCAUCAACAACAAUCACACAUUGCUGGAUCUUACUUCCAAGCCCUUCAGUCAUUUGAUUCUCUUCGAAUGAUUCGGAUGACCAGGGCUCUGGACUUUGUUGACCGAUCCAAGCGCCAUUUUGACUUACCGGGGUACUCAAUAUUUGAAGAACAAGUUGCAAGAGCUGGGAAGAUUGGUUCAAUCUUAGCAGUGGAUACAUCUUCUGGUUUUAACAGCGUUGGUAGGAGCUAGACAGAAUGCAACGCGGACGAGAACGACCGAAUCGCCAAUCUCAACGCGGAGGCAGAGGAGGGGCAAGUGGAGGCAACACAAACGAUAGCUCAUCCCGCCCGUCAAGACCACGGCCAGCAUAUACUUCUGUCCCUCCAAUCCGAGCGAUUCACCCCGGAGGUGGCGUCUCCAUCAUCCUCAAGGAAGACCAGCAAUCCGGCCACCAAGUCAAAGGCAUCGUUGCAGACCUGCUAACGCGCGGAAACCAUCCUCGUGGCGUCAAGGUUCGACUUCGUGAUGGCAGAGUUGGCAGAGUACAAGGUCUUGUUUCUGAAGCCGAGGGGCAGCAGGGUGAAGCUAUUGUUGGUGGGCCGGAGGCAAACUUAGGAAGGAACGGUGAAGGUGCUGCAAGUGCAGGUAGAGGUGGACGGAGAGGUGGGAGAAUGGAAAGAGAUAUCAGGGAAGAUGACGAGUAUCUCUACGAAAACCGGGCCUCGAAUCAAGAUUAUGGAAUGUUUGCAGCAUUGGAAGAGGCGGAUAAGAGACAUGAACAGAGUAGGCUUGGAUCAACGAUGCAGACACUUGCACCAGAAGAGACCGCGGUUUGUCCAGUAUGCUUCAAGUUCGAAGGCGACGAGGCUUCGGUUGCACAUCAUGUCGAACAACAUUUCGCCGAAUGAAGCCUGGGGCAUCAAGCACCUUCCCACAUGGCCCCCCAGCGAGUUGGACAUCUCUUUUCCCAGUCUCCAGGUUCGAUUGGUGAGGCUGUAGCAACUUGUACUCGACCAGUACAUCCAUCCUCGGAUGCCAUGGUUUCCGUUCUAUAAGGCGCUCCAGACAAUCGUGUUUCCGAAACAGCAAGGAUCCCUCACUCAGCUGCGACUCCUUCGCGACUCGCACCGCAUCAUCGAACCGGGUCACCACCACGAACACCCGUUUGGCCUUGCCCUCAAGCAGAGCCAAGCGAGCCAAGAUGUUCUGCAAUCGUUCCGCAAUGCGUUUCUAUACCUGCGCCAAGGUGACUUCCGACG